AUGAAGAGGAAGGGAUUUCACGUUAGUUUGGAUUCCUUUUGUCUUGUUCUCUUUUUCCUCAUAUACACUUGUAGCGACUUCUACACCUCGCACUUUCACAUUUACGUUACAGGCAAAGGUUCCAUAGACGAGGACGACAAACACAAAGAAUUGCAGCGGUGGAUAUUCUUGUAUUUUUCCCUCACGGAUGAACAGAAGGAAGAGAUUGAGACAUGUGCUAUCGUGAAGGAAUCCUCCAAGUUUCACGAUGGUUCCUCGAGUUCGGAUUCUAUCCUAGACAAGGGAACUUUGGAUUACUGGAAACGUGUGGUUUCGGAGUUAAAGAGCCGUUUCACCCUGCAGAACAUAAGGUUAAUAUGGAACAACAUUGGAAGAUCUGUGAAGUUGAGGGUUAGAAUUCGUGAUUCUGAUGUAAUUGGUGAAGAUGGUAGCACGUUCCGCAUACAACAGUUGAAAACAAUGAAGAAAUACAGAGCAAAUGCUUACGAUCGAUCAGUCGUAAUACGAGAUGGAGGAGUAAACAAGGCAUUUCAAGUGGCUGUAACGCAUAGGAAUGAGGUUUUUUCUUCAUUGGACUUGGAACCACCAUAUGACUCUCCAAAGUACUUUAGGUCUAAGGAUAAUAUUUCCUACACAAACUCCGGCAGAUCGCAAAGGUAUCUACAAACCGUGAAUAAUAUUUUGGAUUUUGGUGGAUUAAUAAAGAGUAAAACAUCGACCGCCAAAGUUAUUGAUAAUAAAUUGGUUCCACUCAAAGCCGAGGGGUUUGUCCCGGUAAAACGUAAGAAAUCAAUCUCACAAACUCAAAACAAAAAGACUAAUCGCAUGGAUGAGAACUUUAAGGUUAAAGAUUGGAACCUUGAUGAGCUCUCUAAAAUUUUAAUAUACCCUAAACCAUCUCCAAUAAAUGUAAAAUUCAGGGGUUCGUUUGUGGAUUUACCUACAGAGGUAGUGGACGUCCUCGUUGUUGGUGCUGGUAUUGCGGGACUCACAGCUGCAAACUAUCUAAAAACCUGCGGUCUUUCUGUUUGCUUAGUUGAAGCCAGGAAUCGAAUAGGUGGAAGGGCAUUUACAUCAUCAUUUCCUACUCGUAUUUUGCCUAAUGGCCAGGUUUUAGAUGAAGUAAGCGUUGAUUUAGGAGCGAAUUACCUUCAUUGCUGUAACAUAUUAGAUGGAAAACAUUUAAAUGACGAAAAGGUAUACAUGUUUCAUCCUGCCAAAGAUGUAAGAGUCAAGAGGAAGUGGUCCAAGUCACUUUUGGGUCUUGCAAGAGAGUUGAAGCCAAGAGUUUCCGAUGUAGCUGGUGGUGCAAACUGGGAACCUACAGUAUAUACAAGUUGGUACAAUGAUAUUACCGGAGAAAAAAUAAACCUACAAAGCGUUGUCAAAGCCAACAUGAUAGGUGAAAAGAUUAGACUACGAGCUGCUAAAAAGGUGAUUGCGCUAAAAAGGGACCUUAAAGAUGAUUGUUUUACAUUAUCUCCAUCCAUGAAUUUAUCUUAUGAUGAUGCCUCAACAUCAACGUCCACACUCUCUGCUUUAUCCAAAUAUGACUGCAAAGGGGGUAAUACUCCUCCCAAAUGGUACGUGUCAGAAGGUUUAUAUAGGGAGUUUUUGGGACAAAAAUCUUCUGAAUAUGCUAGAAAUAUGUAUUUAAAGGUUGAAAAAGACGCUACUCCCACCUGUAGCGUUGGUCCUGGCAGAAAGGCUCUAUGGGACAUUUAUAUUGAGUCCUUCCGUGAGGUUUUUGAUGAAUUGACAUCUUGCGGAAAUAAUCUAUCGGAGGUGGAACUUAAGCUGAUAUUUAUAAUAAUGCAGUCCAGACUUGGAUAUAACAGUGAUUUGAGAGAGACAUGUAUAUCCAUGUGUCGUUUACCUAUAAUUGACGAUGAAAUAGAUUUAUCAAGCACAUAUCUGAGCAAAAAGAAUGUUCAGAGUUAUGGGAGAUUUAUUUCUGAUACUUUUGACCAAGUUAACAAGGUCAACAUAGUUCCAUUUGACACUUGCACAGAUUCUGAUAAGAUCGUAAUUGAUGGAUGGGACUGGCUUCUCGGACACUUGUCCAGCGAUUUAGAUGACGUAAUACAUUUAAAUACAAAGGCUGUCAAUAUUUCAACGGAUGAUGAGUUUGGAUAUGUUAAGGCAACUGUUUGUCCAUCAGAUGGUGUCUUGAACAAUCUUGUUACGCAUGUAAGAGCAAAGUACGCAAUUAUUUGUGUUCCAAGCACCAUACUAUCAUCAGAUACGAAUUAUAAUGAAACGUGUACCAACAAAAUCUCCUUUAAUCCUCCACUUGAUAGCAGAAAAUGCCAAGCCCUGGAGAGGUACAGGAUGGGUCAUCAUAACAAGGUUAUUUUAAGGUUUAGUCCAAAGGAUGUUUUUUGGCCAGAUGAUGAACUUCAGUUCAAUUGUUUGGAUGAUCGUUUCCAGUUCAUGAAUUUGCAUGCAUAUGGGAAAGAUGGUUGCCUCUUGGCCCACAGUUUUCCUCCAUUUCCGAUAACAUGGAACGAAAUAGAAAGGGAUGAAGAUAUCGUAAGGCAAUGUUUGGAGUUGCUUCAAAGGAUGUUUUGUAUAUCAUCUGAACAAAUGCCAUUCCCUGUUGAUGCAAUAGUUACGAGAUGGUAUAAUGAUCCUUAUUCUAUGGGAUCAUACUCUUAUCCACACACUAAUGCUGUUGAUGACGACAUUAUUCACCUUAAAAGUCCACAUCCAAAGCUAAAUCCUCGUAUUUUAUUUGCAGGGGAAUAUUUAUCAAACAGUUAUUACCAGUGCGUUGAUGGAGCAUUUGAUACGGCAAUGCGUGCUGCCGAAGACGUAGCGCAUAUUGCAUUUAGAAGACCAUAUCCAUUCCCUAUCAACCAACAUACCCCUUCAUUGGAUGGUCUUUUAAAUCCCCUAUUUUAUGAAAAAUAUCUCAACAUUCCAAUCCCAGUACUGGAGCCUCAAUUUAUCGGUUACUACUUAACAGACGGAAGUGACGAACGAUUAUCAGAUAGCAGAUUUAGCAACGUAAUACAGGAUAUAGUAUUUACUGAGGAUAAGUAUAAAGAUGCAUCUCUUGUUGAAACGGAACUAGAAAUUUUAAAGAGGGUGAAUUCCGCUGUUUCAAGGGACGGUUUAAGUAUACGUUCAUUUCAAGCCCUAUACAAGAGCAUAUCAGUUGAUAUGCAGGAACUCAAGGAGAACAAUUACUGGAACAAACCGUUGGAGGCCGCUAGCAUUCUCCUUGCUUCAAUGUGGAGAGCUUGUAAGGAGUACAAGGGAGAAACAGACCAGAGUGUACUGAAUACAAGAACACAAAUGUUUAGCGAAAAGAUGUGUCAAGCAGUUUGUGAGCUCACUGGGCUGAGACACGACUACAUAUGCUGGGCAUGCCUUAGGGGUGGUGAAGUAUUGCUCUGCGACAACGCCGAAUGCAACAAAGUUUGGCAUGUUGAAUGCGUUCCAUGUGAUUUGAAGCCGAUAGAUACGAACCUUUGGAUGUGUCCAUCAUGUGUAGGUUGCGACAUAAAGGUGAGUUGUUGUCCACGUAACACAUUUUUACAGAGAGGGGAAUAUGCCGCUGAUGAGGCUAUUCAGCUAUACUGGAUAAGAAGAGGAAGUUGGUGGCGCGUAAAGGUGGUUUUGUCACUCUGUCGCAGGGUUUACGAGAGAAUUUUGUUUUGUAAGAGAAAGGUUUCAAGAAUGUCGAGACAAUCCAUAUUUAGUGCUUGA